AUGGCCGGAGCUGGUCAAAGUACUUAUGACCCGGACGACGUCCUCGUUAUUGUCUGCUCGACAUUAGCUCUGUACAAUGCUUUCGAGCUCCUCGCCCUCAUUUUUAUGACUUUUAAACGAUACAAGAGCCUUUACUUUUGGAGCCUUUGUUUUGCAUCAUUUGGCAUCCUCCCUUACUGUAUUGGCUGGUUUGUUGCUUAUUUCAAACUUACCUUUCUCUGGGUUGGUAUGAUUUUCGCUCAAAUUGGAUGGGCUCUACUAGUAUCAGGCCAAUCCAUGGUUCUCUAUUCCCGAUUGCACCUGGUUCUUAACGAUCCUAGCAUACUUCGCAUCGUCUUGUGGAUGAUAAUCCUGAACGGUCUCGUUUGGCAUGUCUCGAUUACAGUCCUAGUAUUCGGGUCAGUUUACAGCCCCGCGCAAAGCCAAGCUGGAUUUAACUCUGUCUUCAACGUCCUGGAAAAAGUCCAGAUGUCCUUUUUCUGCCUCCAGGAGUUCAUUCUCUCCGGUCUCUAUAUCUGGAAGGCAUGGGAUAUUCUUAGGACAGCCUUAACCAGCCAACAACGACUUCUACAGCAGCUUUUUGCUAUCAACGUCUUUAUUAUGGUUAUAGAUGUUGCACUUCUUGUUAUCGAAUAUAAGAGCUUAUUUCUCUGGGAGCAAGGUGUUAAAGCUGUCACCUAUUCUAUCAAGCUCAAGCUCGAAUUCGCGAUAUUGGGCCAGCUUAUCGAGUUCAUGCAGCGUAGGGACAGCGCUAGUCCUGGUGGACAAUCAAACUAUACUAUAUCUAACCCUAACAUUUCAAGGAUAUAUGUAUAG